AUGGCAACACCUGGUCAAUUUGAAUUGGGAAAGUGUAUUGGGCAAGGGGCACAUGGAGAAGUGUAUGAAUUGAUUGGACACGAACCCCCAGCUGUGAUCAAAUAUAUGUUUUGUGGCAAUGAAGCACAAUUGAAGAUCUUCAAAAAUGAAUGUCAAGUUUUGGAGAAGAUCUAUCAUGUAAAUAUUGUCCGAUUCUAUCGACAUAUAGCAGAAGGAAUAAAAGUCGGAAUUGUAAUGGAAUAUUGUGAGAAGGGACCACUCAAGGGAGUGCUUCUUGAUCCAACAAUUACAUAUUCAAUGAACACUGUUCUCACAUGGGGAAUUCAAUUAUUUGAUGCCAUUGAUCACAUGUAUCAGAAACACAAAUUGGUACAUCGAGAUAUCAAACCUGACAACAUUUUUGUGACCAAUGAAUACCAGCUGAAGAUUGGUGACUUCGGAAUGGAGGCUGAUGUAUCGAAUUCCCAUCGAAAUGAUGUCUACAGUUUGGGAGUUGUUAUGUGGGAAAUCAUCGAAAGGAGAACCAUUUUCACAAACUAUGAGACAUCUGGAGGAAAUUCAAAAAAUCAUCUCGAGAUGUAC